AUGCGCUUCACCACCGCCAUUGUUACCGGCCUCUGCGCCGUCCUCGCCGCUGCUGCGUCCGACAGCGCGUCCGCCACCACCGCCUCGCUCUCUCCCACUGCUUCCUGCCUGGCCACGUGCAAGUCGGGCGAUGUGGACUGCGCCGCCGAGUGCGUUGGCACUGCCCACCCUAACGAGUCCAAUGCCAACGACACCACCGAGUGCAUGGCCAAGUGCGACCAGGGCGACGGCUCUGCCGCUGCUGCCACUUCGUACGCCAACUGCGAGCAGUCCUGCAUCUCGUCCUACUUCCCCGUCGGCAGCGCUGCCGCCGCCACCGGCUCUUCUGGCAGCAACACGGCCGCUUCUGCCUCGGCCUCGGCCACCGGCUCGUCUGCUUCUGGCUCCUCGGGCUCUUCUGGUUCCGCUUCCGGCACUGCUGCCCAGACCGGCUCUUCUACCGCUAGUGGCUCUGCUGCUUCGUCGUCUUCUUCUGACAGCGCUGCCAACAGCAACAUUCAGCUCGGCCUCUCGGCUGCCGGUGCCGCCGGUAUCUUCGUUGUCGCUCUUGCUCUGUAA